AUGCGAAACAUUUUGCAUGCAACUUCAGUAUUAACCAUUGAAAAUGCGAUUCUACACGAAUCGUCGUCUACAAAUUGCCGCAUAAGUGAUUUUUCCCUGCUAAGAAAGAAAAUGCGAAGCUCCUUUAUUAUCCUCUGCCUAGCGGCAGUGUGCCUCAUUGGUAGCUGCCAUGCUGCAUCCUACAAACGUGGUGAUAAAAUUUCCGAACAUUUCAAACAACUGGAUUUGGCACCCGAAGAAAUUGAUCCGAAUGUAGCGCCACUGGAUAGUGAAAAUGAAAUUAUUUUCGAUAGCGAAGUUGUCGAUCAAGCUGAAGAAGAAGCUGUUGCUGCUGCCGCAGCUAUUACCGAAAGUUCAGUUGUCGAAGAGGCAGCCCAAUCGGUGGCUACCACAGUUGCUCCGGUUACUGCUGCCCAAACUGCUGCCGCCGCACCUGCCACUGAAGCCCCUGUAAAGGUCGAAGAAGAAUCUACCAGCCCCUUGGCCAAAUACUGUAAAUGUAGCGGUAACCACUGCGAUUGUUGCCGUAACUUCAAUUUGCCCUUCAUUCCCGUCAAGGGACCCGGUUGUGCCCGCAUGAGCUAUUUGGGUAAUGAGAAAAUGUCUGUCAGCUUGAAAUAUGGUGAUUUGACAUUGGUCUCCAGAACUGUAUCGAGUAAACGUGCCCGCCCCAUUUGUGUUGGUCUUCCCGGUGGCUAUUCCCAAUUCUGUGGCCGCAUUUAUGGUCUCUCUAAGGCCAGUGAAAACUUCAAGGCCUGUCUAGGUUUUGAAUUGCGUGCCGAUGAUGAAGUUGAGGCUGCUCUCCGCGUAUCCUGUUUCAAAUUUGGGGCCGAUGGUUUGAAGGUUGCCGAUGCCGAACCCUUGCCAAGUGAAGCUGUUAAACAAGAGGAGGAUGAUGAUGAUGAUAUCUUCGGUUUUGGAGCUGGUGACGACGAUGAAGACGAUUACGAUGAUGACACCGAAGAUGAAGAACCCGAGGAAGCCGAUGAUGAUGACGAUGCUGAUACCGAUUAUGCGGAUGAUGAUGCCGAUAAUGAUGAAGCUCCCGCCGAUGCCGAUUAUGGUGGCUUCAGUUUGGCUGGUCUCUUAGAUGAAUUGGACGAUGACGAUGAUGAAGACGAAAGCAAACCUGUCGUUGCCGUUGCACCCGCCACUGCUGCCCCUAUCGAUGCCACACGUACCGUUGAUGCUGCCCAAAGUAAAGAUGAAAAAGGUACCGAAGCUGCCGCUGCCCCCGCUGUAACAGAAAUGACCGAUGAAGCAGCUGCUGCUGCCACAUUGGCCGAUACCUUGUCGCCAGCCACCGAAAGCACCACCGCUGCCAAAACGAAAAAAGCUAAGAAAGGCAAAAAGAACAAGAAAAAGAAGGCUGCCGAACCGGAGGGUGGUGAUUUCGCUUACGAACUUUUGAAUGGCUUGUUGGAUUUUUUCAACUAAGCCUGCAACCUGAGGUUGCAGGCAUGUUAGGCAAUAGUGUAAAUACAGUCUUU